GCAAAUUUCGUCAAAAAGAAAGUUAUUGUUAGUAUGUUUUUACGUUGAAAUUCAUAAGUUGUUUUUCUUCGGAAGGUAACCUUUAAUUAAUGUGUGCCCUAAUUUAUCCUUUAUUAAUAAUAAUUCAGACUUUAUUUUAAAUGUGAUAAGGUACAUUCCUGAGAUAUAUAACUUUAUUUUAGGUAUUAUACAAACUGCAUAUUUAUCAACAUGACUAUAUUAAUGCUUGUUGUUGGCAUAGUUGUGUCAAUAGAAUUUAUAUUCUGUUGGCUUAAAAAUCUGGUUUCGUGGAUUUAUGAAAUCUGCAAUGAUGGUUACAAAACUUGUGAACAGUUAUCAAGGGUAUUACAAGACUUAAAAAUAAAACAAAAAGUCAUUAACAUGCAAGAAGAGUUUGCAAAAUAUUCUCGGAUUCAGCGAAAAAUAAACAAGCUUUCAGACCAACAAUCUGCUGUUAAAAAGAAAAGAAAAUUCCUUCUUCUUCGUUGGACAUGGAAGAUAAGGGUUUUUUUAAAUUUAGUUUACGCAAUUUUUAUGAUGUUUGUAUUUUAUAAUUACAGAUCAGAGCCUGUUAUUGUUUUACCAGAAAGCUGGUUUCCAUAUGUAAAUAUUGUGUUGGCAUUUCCAUCAAAUAUGACAGGUGGAAUUUCAUUGCCUGUUUGGUUGUUUAUUUGCCAGCAGGUUACUAGAGUGUUUUUACAAUAAUUUUUUUAAACCACAUAAUACAAUAUAUUUACUACAUUUAAUUCUAAAAUAAUGAUAAGCUGGGUUUC